CUCAAUUGUUGAUGGACACUUUAUGGCCUUAAGACUGUAACUUUGUAACCAAAUAAGCCCCCUUUAUAAAAGCCAAUCCAUUUCUGGUGUUUUGUAAAAUGGCAGCAUUAGCAAACUGGAACAACCCUGAUUCUGAAAAGUUAAUUCCUAUACCAAUGGUGGGUUUCAAAGAACUUCUCUGAAGAUUGAAAGCUCAAGAUCAGAUGACUAAGGAACAUUAGACCAGACUAGAUAGCGUAUCUGAAGAUGUUAGUGACUUACAGAAGAAUCAGACUACAACUAUGGCCCAAAUUGCACAAUACAAGAGGAAACUUAUGGAUCUUUCUCAUAGAAUCCUACAGGUCCUAGUCAAACAGAAAAUUCAGAGGACAAGUGGUUAUGCCAUCCAGGCGGAUGAAGAGCAGUUAUGAGUUCAGCUAGAUACAAUUCAGUGUGAACUAGAUGCACCUACUCAGUUCGAGGGCUGACUAAAUGAACUGAUGUCCCAAAUCAGAAUGCAGAAUCAUUUGGGGGCAGUCAUAUCUGAAGGAAGAUAUUGCAUAGACACAGGUCUGUUAGGAAAAAUCAAGCAGCAUUUAAAACAACAGGAAUGCCUUAGCCACUUAAUUAGCAUCAUAAAAGAUGAUCUAGAAGAUAUCAAGUUGGUAGAACAUAGACUGAAUAAAGGCAUCCACAUCAGAGAUGGUGUCUCCAGUUGACAGUUCACAGCCUUGUGCUAGAGAUUUAAGACAUUCAUCCUCUUAUUGCAUCAGGCCUUCCUUAAGAAGAAAACUGACCACAUGGAGGAAAUAAAAAAAAGAAAACAACCCUCUGCUGGCUUGGUUUCUGAGAAGGUUACGUAAUAAAUUACUGUUCAUCAAAUCUGAAUAACAAGUUACCUCACAGCUCUUCAAAGGUAGCUUUGAAAGAUUUAUAUCUAAAAGCUGUAUUUACUUUUAAAAAGAGAAGUACGUAAUUACCAAAUAGUACUAGUGUACAUUUUUACAACAGCAUUGUUCUUAAAAAUAGUCAGUGUUUAAUGCUUAUUCUCCAUCGAGUCUAUAGUCUACUUUCCAUAGCAAGUAAAUAUGAGCUGUCUACUUUGCACGUAGCAAAGAUUGUAUAAUUACUUGGAUGCUGGAGAUUGUACUUCCGAGUGUAAAUGUAUAUCUUUUUUUAUAUUUGUGAAUUCAUUUAUGGGAGGAGUAAAGAAAAUCCAAGAGUAUUUAAUGAUUAAUGCAUUUUUCUUUUCAUUCCAUAAAUAUUUUAAAAUACAUUUUUAUAUUAUUUUACUUAUUUGGAAUUUACAGAACAUACCUAAGCAAUUAGGAUAUAACAAAAUUACUUAUCAUUUUUGCAAUCUUUUUGUUUUUUUAACCUUUUUAUUUCUAAAAAGAGGAAAACAUGUAAAUAAAUUCUUGAUUUGUAAUGACUUUAAAAAAAACUAAGGGGCAAAGUGGGAAUUUAAAAAGGUUAUGAUUCAUAUCACAGAGAAAGGGCCAGUUUCCUUCAUGUUCACAAAUCUCCUGCAAAUCAGUGACAGAGAGACCAAUAAUUCAGUAGAAAAAUGGGGCCAAGAGUACAGACAGUUAACAGGCAAGGAAAUACAGAGGACUCUUAAAUAUAGAAAAAGAUACUCGAUCUUGAGUAGAAGAAAUGCAAAUUAAUAUUAGCCUGAGGUGUAAUUUUUUCACUUAUGAAUUUGAUAAAAGUCCAAGAAUGUGAUGCCCUGGUGGACGAGGCUGUGGGGAAGCAGUGACGAUGGCUGUGUGACUUGGUACAGCCCCUAGCGUGGGCUCUUUGGCAGUUUCUAUCAUAAUUACAAAUAUAUUGUCCCUUUGUGCCAGGUCUCUUCUGCUGCCCCUUCAGAUCUGCCUUCCCCCUUCUCCACCCUUUAUUUUGUUUGGGGCACUUGUCCUAUAUGACAGAACCAUCAGCACCCUUUCCCUGUGGCUUUGCAUGGGGUUUAGCCAAUGGGGAGCCCCAAGUAGGAGAAGGGAGAGAGGACUGUGAGGAUAUUUAUUCCUCAGCCCCCUCCUUGCAUGAACCUUGGGCUUGAGUUUCCCAUCACACUCACACACACACACCACCACCACCACCACCACCACCACCACAGCCUUCUUCCAAGUUCCAGUAUCAGCUCCUCCCCCUUUCCCCUUCAAACCCUGGGUAGGAACAGCCCAUCAUUGUCAGCUCAAGGUACUGCAUUCUCCCUUGUGGUUUUCCCUACAAGCUCACACAUUUGUAAAUAGUCCCUGGAUUAAAGCCUUCCUCAAAACAUCCUAACUUCAGUGCAAUUUCCUGCUGGGAUCCUGAUUGAAUUGCCCUUUGCCUGGCAAUCCAAUCCUACUUCUGGAAAGUUUUCCUACACCUAUGCUUGCAUAUGUGCCAAAAGAUGCAUGUCCAAGAUUAUUCAUUGCAGAAAAGAUUGGAAACAACUCAAAUGUCCCAUCAGUAGGGCACUAGUUAAAUAAAUGAAGGUAUAUCCAUAGAAUGGAAUACUAUGCAGCUAUUUAAAAAACAGAAACAAGGAAAUUCUCUCUGGUGCUGAUGUGGAAAGAUCUCCCCAAUAUAUUUUUAAGUAAUAAAAACUUUAUUUAUUUAUUUAUUUAUUUUUGGUAAAAUGGGGAGGGAUAAGAAUAUAUAUUUGUGUUUGUUUAUGCGUAAAGAAAUUCUGAAGGAUUCACAAAAAAACUAAUAAAGGUAAUUUUAUAAAAGGAAUGAGAUUUAUCACUUUACUUUUUUGUAUGCUUAAAAUUUUUUGAAUCAAGAGAAUGUAUUACCUGCUCAAAAAGUUAAACUUAAGAAUUUCUCUCUAAAGAAGGGAUUGGUCAAAGAAGCUAAGAUGAGGUUGCCCUUAGCACUGGGGUAACGGGUAGGGCUGGGGCAGGGCAGAGGAAGCUGGGAGCCAGGAAUUUCUCUGUUUCUUCCUGGUCCCCCGUCUUGUCUUUGCCUGUUCUUAUCUGCAAUUUAGUUAAACACUUCAGAAUUGUAAUGAUCUAAUAUUUGUUUCCUUUCAGAUGUGAAAGUAAAGCAAUGACCAAAAAUAACAAAGAUGCUUUUAAGCCAGAAUGCCUCAGCCAUCAGACCAUUUAAUUUGUAUCCCUGGGUGUAUAUCAGCCUUCUGUUUGGUACUUCACAUGCUUUGACUGAUUUUUCAGAUGAAUCUUGCAUUUUAAAGAUGGCAUUACAAAAUUUCCGGUCCAUCUUAUCGUGGGAGUUAAAAAACCAUUCCAUUGUGCCAACUCACUAUACAUUAUGGUACACAAUCAUGAGUAAACCAGAAGAUAUGAAGAUUGUUGAGGACUGCACAAAUAUCACGAGACCAAUAUGUGACCUCACAGAUGUGUGGGAACACAUGCACGAGACCUACAUCCCCAAAGUAAUAGGAUUCAGAGGGAACACGGAGGUGGUCACUUGCGUAGGCAAUUUAUUCCUGGCCACGGACAUGUCUUUUGAACCACCAGAGUUCGAGAUUGUUGGUUAUACAGACCAUAUGAAUGUGAUAGUAAAAUUUCCACCCUUCACUCCUAAAAUGCUAGAUUAUUUAUCGCUUGUCAUUGAAGAACAGUCAGGGGAGAUUGUUAAGAAGCAUAACCCCCAAAUAAAUGGAAACAUCACUGGAAAUUUCAAUUAUGCCAUGGACAAGUUAAUUCCAAACACAAACUACUGUGUAUCUGUGUAUUUUGAGCCUAAAGACCUGGGAUCAAUAAAAAAAUCUCCCUUAAAAUGUACUCUCCUUCAGCCUGGCCAAGAAUCAGAGUCAUCUGAAUCUGGCAAACUAGGAGGAAUAAUUAUUGUGUUUUUAAUAGCCACUGUCUUCAUAAGCAUCAUAAUAAUACUGAAACGGAUUGGUUAUAUAUGCUUAAGAAAUGAUUUCCCCAAAGCUUGGAAUUUUUCUAACAAAUCAGCCUGGAUAUUUCCCGGACCGCCGUCACUGGAAGCCGUGGAUGUGGUGGAAGUCAUUUACAACACCAGGAAGAAGAAAGUGUGGAAUUAUAAUUAUGAUGAUGAAAGUGACAGCGAUAACGAAGCGGCUUCUGAAAGAGGCGCCGAUGGUUACACGAAGCACAGACUAACAGGCAGGCCUCCGAGCGAGGCUUCUGCGUCCUUGUCCCCCUCCGUGGGGUCCCAGUUCUCAGACCCAGACGCUGGUGAACCUGACCCACCCGAGCCCCCGCUGGCGACAGUGCCCUGGCUGGGUCCCUGGCAGCCGGGAUGCAUAAGUGAGCCCUAUCAGAGGAGAGAGAGUCCGCCCCAGGACCCCGUUUCUGAGGACAGCGACACUACUGAGAGAUCCGGGGACAGAGUUGUCUUCAAUGUGGAUUUAAACUCCGUGUGUAUGAGGGUCCUCGAUGAAGAUGACUCAGAAGUCCCACCGGUGUUACCAUCUCUUCCAGAAGACACCAUCACCCUAGAGGGUCCCGAUGAAACAGAAUCAAGCCUUCUGAUACCCAGGGAGGAAGGGACUCAGCCACCCUUCCCCAGCCCCUCUGGGGAGCGCCAGUGGCCUGAAGUUGCUUCCGACAAAAGCGACUCUGAGUCUGAUGUUGACAUGGGGGAUGGUUACAUAAUGAGAGGAGUCCGAAACUAUGCGGGGAGCCAGGACUGAAAAAUACCUACAAGGUUCUCUCUCCUUGGAGCCUUACUUGGUCACAUGUGGCCUGGAAGCAUUCUAGGAGGGAAGGAGUAGAAAACCCUAGAGACUGCCCCAACCUUCUGAUAAGACAUCUAUGCAGAGUCCCAGCCUCCUGGAGGAGGAGGAGGUGGGAAACAUAGUAUCAUCCAGGAUAUUGUUUACAUGUUCAAAAUGAUACACUUUGGGGGGAACUUUCCCAGCCAAUUCUCUGUACUCUAAUGCCCUUACUAAUGUCUGUGCACUAUGUUUCCCAAGUAAAGAGCAGACAUCCCGGUGGUUUUCAAGGGUGGUCCAAGGCCAUGUGAUAUUUCUGGGAAGUAGUUAAAUCAGGCCAGGGUGGGAGUGGGGAGAGAAAAGGAAACAACUCAGCAGAGUUCCCGCAGGAGCAGGCGGCAGUGUUUCACAAGAGGAGCCCCUCAGCUUUCUGUCCCAGCAGGGUCAAAGGAAAGCAGCAAAUCACACAAAAAAAAAAAAAAAGAGGAGGAGGGGAGGACAGCUGGAGAGCAAAGGAAGGCACAAGGAAGCAGACGCAAA